UUCUUCGCCGGUGUAGCCUAUGCUACAGCCAAGAGAUAUCACCUCGUAGCUCUCCUGGCAAAGAUCAAUGUGGAGGCAUUGGAGGCCGCGGCUAGUAGGGCUCGCAACGGCACGCCCUGCAGUAUCUCAUCUCUUGGAAAAGAUGUUGCACCAGACGCCCAGGUUGACCGUAUUAUGAGCCGGUGUGGUGGUCAGAAUUGCCACCUUGAGAUUGAGUUCAACGACGGUGUCAUUUGGCUUGCGCGGAUUCGCCUGGAUGAUCCUCUGCUGCCACCACCUGAGGUCCAGGCUAGGAUAUUUUUGAGUGAAGUUGCAACACUUCAAUUCUUGGCCGACACUAAGGUGCCUGUACCGCGGGUGUAUGCGUACGAGCCGAGUUCGCCGGACAACGCCGUGGGGGUUUCCUAUAUUUUUAUGGAGAAGCUAUCCGGUAAGCCGCUGGACUGGAGCGAUGCUACUGAACAUCAACGAACACGGGUCAUGGAGCAACUCGCAGAUCUGUAUCUCGAGCUCGAACAACACCCGAUCCCUCUGACCGGCUCUCUUGUUCCGUCUUCCAACUCGGCAAUCACCAACAAGGGAAGUACCCAAGUGGGACCUUUUGCCCAAGCGCCCUGCUUCGUCACCCCAGAUCGAGCGCUGGGACCGUUCGAUACACUUACAGAGGCAUACACAGCCCUGGUGAGGCAACAGCAAUACAUGCUCGCCACGCGUGAGGUUAGCGGCUUGCCGGUAGACAACUAUCUCGCUUUUCUCUGGCGCUUCAAGACCUUGCCCGAACUUGUGGCUGAGUCGGCGUCUCAAACUGGGCCGUUCUACCUCAGACAUUACGAUGACAAAGGAGAUCAUAUUCUGGUCGAUGACGAGUACAACAUUACCGGAGUGAUCGAUUGGGAGUUUGCAUCUGCGGAGGCUAAAGAACUCGCGUUUAGUUCGCCUUGUAUGAUGUGGCUGGUUGGAGAGUUCUAUGAUGGAAGCAACGAACUUUCUGACGAAGAAACCAAGUUUGCUGCUAUAUUUGAACGGCGUGGGCGGGCUGAUAUGGCAGAGCUGAUCCGCCGGAGCCGCAAAUGGCAACGGUGCUUGUUUUUCAUGGGGGGCGGCAUACCUCAAGACAUGGUCGAUUUCGAGCCCCUUUUCCAGGGGUUACGAAAGUGCUUCUUGGGGAAGGAGGACGGAGCAAACAUUCCUUUAUACCAGGAGUGGAAACAGAGUGCGCUGGCUGGAUUUGCUAAAGGCGACAAACUGCUUCAGGAUUGGAUGAGAGCCGAGCGGGCAAGCGCGCGCAAGACCGAAGCUACUUGA